UUAUUUGUAUUUAAUACUAUGUAUUUUCAAUUGUCUUAGACGAGUUAUAGAGUUCCCCAACAGACAUGCAUACAUAUUACAUACUAAUUAAAUCACCUAUCAGUGUGUGUUGGGACUUUUCUAAGCUCUUCGACCUUGGUGUGUAAUCUAAAAAUGAAAUCAUUUAUUAAGCUAAGUGUUGGCUGGAUGUUAGAGUCACAGAUAUAUACAUAUCUAUGUCUAGAGCGGGGACUUUUAAUUAUGAGCCACAUUUUUUAACCGGAAGUACUCAGUUGUAUCACUGUCCGUGUUGCUCAAGAAACUUGUUUUGUUGUUUUAAAUCGCGUUUGCAGGAGUGAUACAGCACCUGUGAAACAAUGGCAGAUGUUGAAGACAGGACUUACGGUGGUUGUGAAGGGCCGGAUGCCAUGUAUGUAAAGUUGAUCUCUUCAGAUGGCCAUGAGUUUAUUGUGAAGAGAGAGCACGCUUUAACCUCUGGCACCAUCAAGGCUAUGCUGAGUGGACCUGGUCAAUUCGCUGAAAAUGAAACCAAUGAGGUGAACUUCCGGGAGAUCCCGUCUCAUGUUCUCUCCAAAGUGAGCAUGUAUUUUACCUAUAAAGUGCGCUACACUAACAGCUCGACAGAAAUCCCAGAAUUCCCCAUUGCUCCUGAGAUUGCCUUGGAAUUGCUCAUGGCUGCGAACUUUCUUGACUGUUAGAUAUGAAUGGAGAAUGUGUUAUACUGUGACCGACUUGCCAUCUGUUUGCCAUCACAUAUCUUCAUAUGAUUAAUGAGAGUGUAUUUAUGAAUGUUUAGCAUUUUUUUGAUCUUUUUUUUUUUUUUUUUUUCGUAUGUUGUAAUUUGAAAUGGCUAGAUAAUGUGUUUUAAAUGUCUUGGAAUCAAUUUGUAUUUGAAAAAAAUAUGGAUGAACCAAAUAUAUAAUUGUCACACUUCUA